GUGCGUCCCCAGGUCUGUUCCGUGUUGUGGCUUCAAGAGAUCAGUUCUAACCUGUCCAUCAGGAAUAACGGUCCCUUAUGAAGCGACUUGCUGAUUGUAGACUAGCUUGUGACUGAUUCUAACAUUCGUCUUCGCUUCAUACCACUGUUUUUGGCGUUCUCCUCCCUUCUUUACGCCAAUUUUGGGAGAUUUCAUAUAUAUUCCGAUAUCGGAGACAGCGUGCCACUGUGUGGAGUUCAGUCCAUGCGGACUGCCAUCUGACCCACUCUUAUCAAUGAAGCAGGAGAUCAUGGCGGAGGGUCCCCGAUGUAAGAGGCGAAAACAGGCCAACCCUAGGAGGAAGAACGUGCUGAGCUAUGAGAGUGUGCUGGACGUCGGCUCCGGUUCUGAUGAAGAGGACAGGCUGCCCGGGUCGGAGGGGGAGGGCAGUCCGGUGGGUGUGCCCAGCCGGGAGGCGUCGCCCCGUGUGGCCCAUGCCCUGCUCUCCUGCAGGGGGGAGGAGGACAGCGAGAACCAUGAUGCGGCCGGUCUCCAUGUCUGGCACCGUGGUGACCUCAAUGGCACAGAGGAGAGGAAAGAAGAAUACAAUUCUCUGAGCCCUGAUGUCUCUCUCCAUGGUGUUGGAAAUGGUACAGUAAAGGGUAUUGAUGCCACUUCUGAGUUAGAGAGCUACUUUGCCAAGAGGAAGCUGGAGGGAAUUGAAAGCAAUGAGGCCAGCAUUGCUGAAUACCUGCAACGUGGGGACACAGCCAUAAUAUACCCAGAAGACCCGGAGGAGGGCACCAGACUGGGAACUCCAGAAGCCAAUGGACAGGAUGACAAUGAUAAUGACCUGGUCCUGAGGGCACCAGAUGACUUUGCCCAACUAUUGACCUGCCCCUACUGCGACCGGGGCUACAAGCGUCUCACCUCCCUGAAGGAGCACAUCAAAUAUAGGCAUGAGAAGAACGAGGAGAGCUUCCCGUGCCCCCUCUGCGGAGACACCUUCGCCUAUCGCACACAGCUGGAGCGCCACAUGGCCACCCACAAGCCGGCCAGAGACCAGCCACAGAUACUGAAUGAAGGGGCUGGCAACCGCAAAUUCAAAUGCACAGAGUGUGGUAAAGCCUUCAAAUACAAGCACCAUCUGAAGGAGCACCUCCGUAUCCACAGUGGUGAGAAACCCUAUGAAUGUUCUAACUGUAAGAAGCGCUUCUCACACUCUGGUUCCUACAGUUCACACAUUAGUAGCAAAAAGUGCAUCGGCCUCAUCUCUAUAAAUGGACGGGUACGCCAAGGGGUCGGCAACAAGGCGGGUUCAUCGCCCAACUCUGCUGCGUCAUCACCAGGCAGCCCUGCCCUGGCUCAGCUCCGGAACAAGCUGGAGAACGGCAGGUCCAUAGGCCUCCAGGACCCAGCAGCCCACCCUGACAUAAAGGCUGAGCCAAUGGAGUUCAAUGAUUACCGUCUUCUAAUGCCAUCACAGCAAGAAUUUGGAGGAUCUGGGGCUUUUAUCAAUGGUUCUGGUCGUGGAGGGAGCCCCAUAGGACUGCACAAUUCACCACAGAACCUCCUGCAACAUCACCUGGGUAUAGGACUGGAUUCUCACUCACUGGGCUACCCAAGCUUGCGCAAUAACCUGAGUGAGGUUCACCGGGUUCUGCAGAUUGUGGACAACACUGUGUGCCGACAGAAGUUGGAUGGUAAACCUGAAGAAAUCUCCAAGUUGAGGAACUACAUGAAGGAGCUGGGCUCCCAGAUGGAGGAGCAGAAGUUGGCCCUGGCCUCCCAGGGUGGGUUCCCUGGAGUUGGACACAACAGCCCUACCAAGAGCAUCAUUGACUACACGCUGGAGAAGGUCAAUGAGGCAAAAGCCUGUCUGCAGAGCUUAACUGAAGAUUCCAAGAGGCGCACCGUUGACAUUAGGAAGGACAAACCUAGUCAUCUUGUAGAUCCUGGAUCUGAAGAGAAGAGCCAGGACAGAGAUUCCCCUUUCACAUGCCAAUACUGCAAGGAGACCUUUCCUGGCCCCAUUCCCUUACAUCAGCAUGAGCGUUACCUUUGCAAGAUGAACGAAGAAAUCAAAGCAGUCCUGAAACCUAACGAAACCUUACCAACUAGUCGCAGGGGAAUGUUUGGCACAGAACAGCAGGCUGUUAUGGUUUCUUCUCUGCCAGAGAGGAAUGCAACUAGCCCAGUGAACCCCUUUAAAGAUCACAUGUCGGUACUGAAAGCUUACUUUGCCAUGAAUACUGAGCCCAGCUCAGAGGAGCUAAGGAAGAUUUCCAUUGCAGUUGGGCUCCAUCAAGAGCUUGUGAAGGAGUUGUAUGCACAGUGGAAAGCACAGUCUGUCCAUGGCAUGUCCAGGAAAAGAUCUCCACCCAUUGAACGGCGCAGCGGGGACAGCAACCAUGGCUUGGUGAGGGAAUCAGCUCUUGCCAGAUCACCUGCGUCCUUUAGCCAGUACAGUGACUCCACAGCAGAGCUUCAGGGUGCUACCAGUGGUGAUGCUGGCCACCGACACUCCAAACACCACCAGUUUACAGGCAUCAGACAGACCAAUGAAAAGCAGCUUGACUCAGUGGACCACUUGAGAGGCGAGACCCCCUCACCUUUGAAUCUCUCCAGCACAUCAUCAAAAAACUCUCACAGCAGCUCCUAUACGCCCAACAGCCUUGCCUCUGAGGAUGCCCAUGGAGAGCCUCUGGAUUUGUCUUUGCCAAAACAUCUCUCUAAGACAGACAGGAAGCCCAAGCCGAACGGCCUCAACAUAGACCGUAACGGUGAUCCCGCUACACGGGACCAGGGAACAGAGCCUCUGGACUUAGCCCACAUCAAGAAGGAGUUCAAUGGGUCCAACAGCAUGGGCAAUGAAAGCCAACUGGACAAGAGCUCCAGCCCCAUCUUUGGUAUCAACCCUUUCACUGCGGGCCCCAUGUACACUUCUCUACCACCACACGGGGCAUUCCCUCCACCCACUUUCAUGUCCCCGGCACAGGCCAGCAUCCCAGGCUUGAGGCCUUACCCAGGGCUUGAUCCCAUGGGCUUCCUUCCACACAUGGCAUACACAUAUGCGGCAGGGGCUGCAACCUUUGCUGAGAUGCAGCAGCGACGGAAAUACCAACGGAAAGCAGGCUUCCAGGGGGAGCUGCUGGACAGCACAGGGGAAUAUCUGUCAGGGCUGGAGGACCUGACAGACAGUGAGUCGCUGCUCGCCCGGAAGAAGAUUAAGAAGACUGAAAGUGGUAUGUACGCGUGUGACUUGUGCGACAAAACAUUCCAGAAGACCAGUUCCCUCCUAAGACACAAAUAUGAACACACAGGAAAGCGCCCUCACCAGUGCCAGAUCUGCAAGAAAGCAUUCAAGCACAAGCACCACCUGAUCGAGCACUCGCGGCUGCACUCGGGCGAGAAGCCCUACCAGUGCGACAAGUGCGGCAAGCGCUUCUCCCACUCCGGCUCCUACUCCCAGCACAUGAACCACCGCUACUCCUACUGCAAGAGGGAGGCGGAGGAGCGCGAGGCGGCCAAGCAGGAGGGCCACGACGCCAGCGGCCCCCUGGAGCCCACAGAGCUGCUGAUGAGGCGGGCCUACCUAAAGGGACUUGGGCCCCUGGGUUUUUCUGACCCAGAGGACCAGGGUGAGGAUGUGAUACGAGGGAGCACCAUUCUGAGAGACGGCACCGAGGGUGGGACCAAAGACAUGCAGAAGGCGUACCCGGAAGUGACAGGCAGGCGAGAGGCGGGGUUCGGGGAGGAAGAGGAAAUGGAGGAGGAGAGGUUUGAGAGCCGGAGCCCAGACGAAACAGCGAAAGACGAGAAGGAUACUGGAGCAUCGGGAAGUACGGAGGAUGAGAGCUCGGAAGAGAGGAAGUUGGAGGGCAAGAUGGACAGAGAGGGGGAAAAUGAGGAUGCUGAUUAACUACUGCAUUUUGGAUUAAGCUUCCAGCAUUCGUUUGUUUGGUUUUUUUUGUUGUUAUUGUUCUUUUGUUUCAUGCUUGUAUUGUUUCCUCCUUCUUUCCUUCUCACUGAGGGACUUUGAGCCAGAUUAACUUUUGUGACCACACUGCCGUGAGGCUUGUAUUUCGGAGACACAAAGCGUGGAACUCAGACUGGCAACAGCCAUGGUCCAAAAGCAGAUAUUAGACUGGGUGGGACUUUUCAAGAGUUCACAUUAUGCAAAAACAAACCCGAUGAUGCUCUUCAUUACGACAGAACCGACUAAAAGGUUUCAGAAGUGUACAGAGUGGAGCGUGAAGGCUGUGCAGUGCUUAUUGACAUAACCCCUGUGUUUUUAUUGUGGUCACAGCA